AUGCGCGGGGGCUCGAUGAACCGGCGCCGGGAGCCCCCGCCGCCCUCCGCCGCUCCCCUCCCGCCUCCCCCCGUCUUCUCGGGGCCGCCGCCGCUUCCCUGGUUCGCGGCGGCCGCCGUCGGGCUCGUCUCGUCGCGUCCCCGCGGGCGGGUCCUCCGCCGGGCGGCCAGAGCGCCGCCGGAAGUUGAGAGGCGGUGGCCGGAAAGCCGGUGGGCGGGCGCCAUAUAUAAGCAGCGCGCAGGCGCCGCCUUCCUCUUUUUGGCGCACGGCGAGGUCCCCACGGCCCGGAGCCGCCAUGGGCCGCCGCCCGGCGCGAUGUUACAGAUACUGAAGAACAAGCCGUACCCCAAGUCCCGCUUCUGCAGGGGGGUCCCUGACCCCAAAAUCCGCAUCUUCGACCUGGGGCGGAAGAAGGCGAAGGUGGACGAGUUCCCCCUCUGCGGGCACAUGGUGUCGGACGAGUACGAGCAGCUCAGCUCGGAGGCGCUGGAGGCCGCCCGCAUCUGCGCCAACAAGUACAUGGUGAAGAGCUGCGGGAAGGACGGGUUCCACAUCCGCGUCCGCCUGCACCCCUUCCACGUCAUCCGCAACAAGAUGCUCUCCUGCGCCGGCGCCGACAG